AUGAAGGCAAACCGCGAAAACUGGUGCUCCCGGCUAGCAGGGCAAGUUCCAGAGCUUUGGUGCCUAGCGACCAAGCUGCUGGCAGCUUCAGCCUGGCUCCUCUACUUCAUCCUCGACAUCAGCAAGGCUCCAUGGCGGGUGUCGCUGGGCUGCGGACUGGGGGUCUUUCUGCUGAGUUUGGUCGCCGUCACCUGCGGCCUGGACUUCCCCUGGGCCAUUCCCUUCCUCUGCAUUCAGAGCAGCUUCCUGAUGUGUGGGCUCAUGCGCGUCUAUCUUUUUGAGAGCCUCCCUUCCAAGGACUUCUUCACCGCGAGUGCGAUGAGCUUUUGUAUCUGCAGCGCAUCCGUGCUGACUCUUUGGACUGGCUGGUGGAUCUCUUCGGAGGUGAGCGAAUUCCCGCCUGCGCUCACGUCAAAGCUGCCAGACUGGGCGGACAACGUGGUGAACUACACCCUGUGCGAAGCAGAUGCCGCGAGCCAGGCCGAUGCCAUCGGGGCAUGUUCCAAAGUGAACUCCCUCGUGCAGUUGCAGAGCCUUUCGCCCCUGGCUGUUUCCUUGGCCUACGGAGUCUUUGCGCUGUGCUGCACCUUCAUGCUGAAAGCCGACUCCUGCAUCAAGCCAAGGCUUGCAGAUGGCUUGGCGCUCUCCGCGGCGGAGCUGAAGGCGGCUCAGAAGCUCCAGCGUAUCGUGCAGAGGAUGUUUCUUCUGCUGGCUCUGGUGUUGGCCCUGGGCUAUGGGCUGGCCUGCACGUCCUCCUACGCCCACUGGUGCAGCAAGCUGGUGAUUUGGUACGUCUUGAGCGGGGUGGGCACCAUCUUGGGCCUCAUCUUCCUGGAGACGGAUCGCGCGCUAUUGCAGCGCCUAAUGUUGCAAAGCGGCUUCGGCAAGAUGGUGCUGCAGGUUCUCAGGAACGACUGGGCCAGGGCAUUUGCUUUGGGCGCUUUGAAUGUCUUGAUUCCGGCGGUGCUGUUCCUGGACGUCCUGCGGCAAUUGGUGCGAAGAUCCACCGACCCGGACGCGGACUCCGACCGGCUGACGCCCAUGGGCCGGUCUUUGCUGGACUCGCUGAAGCAGUGGAACUGGACGGGGAUCUUCCGGAAGUUGGAUCUCUACUGCUUCUUGUGGCAGCUGGUGUUUCUGGGCUCCAAGUGCACCUACGUCUGCCUCUCUUGGCUGAAUUACUUUCUCAUCGAUGCGGAUCUACAGCUUCCUUCAGUCGCCGGCAUGGUCUUCCUGGUCGGGGUGGCCAUGUUCAUGGUGCCCAUUGUCCCGGGAACCGCCGUGUACCUUUUCUCCGGCGUCGUGUUAGGAGUACUGAGCACUGUGCGGGGCUUAAACUUGCUGGCGGGCAUCGGUCUGGGAGUAGCCGUCAGCGCGGUGGCCAAACACCUCGCCUGCGUGGGCCAGUAUCUGAUCGGCUAUGUGGCGGGCAAGUGGGUGCAUGUCCAGCGCCUGGUGGCGGUGGACAAGGUCCCCACUCGCGCCAUGGAGAUGAUCCUGAACCGGAGGGGCUUCUCCCUGGGCAAGGUGUGCAUUCUAGUUGCCGGGCCGGACUGGCCCACCAGCGUGCUCUGUGGCAUUUUGAAGCUGAACAUUCCGCAGAUGCUUCUGGGCACUCUACCAGUGAUCCUGGUGAGUAUCAUCCCGCAGGUGGCGGUCGGCGCUUUGCUUGCCCUACCGGAUGAAGCGCCGAACGUCUCUGCAGGAGUAACAAUGUUGGCAAGCAUCCUGCAGGUGGGUGCGACCAUCUACGUGUCCUACCGCAUCUUGAAGACGGCGGAAGAACACUUCAAAGAUCUCAGCGAGCCCCGGCCGGAGCACGCGGAAGUGGCGGAGCUCAGCAGAAAAGAGGAGUGCUUCAACAGAAGAUACCUGGAGACAUGCAGCUGGGGCAAGCUGCCCUUAUCUUUGCGCUUGGGUAUAUUCAUGACUUCUGCGACCUGUUUUUCGGUGUGUACAAUACAAGCGAUGGACUUCCUGACAGUGAGCAGAUGCUUUCGCAGCUUCUCCAUCACGGACCGUAUCGAGGAGUCCUUGGACAAGGGCGGCCUGGGAGGCAACGUGCUGAACAUCAUCCAGCCCUGGGGCGCCGCGACGCUGUGGGGCGCGCUGGCGGCGGUCUGCGCCCAUCUGCUCUGCGGCUGCGCUCUGCGGCGCCUGGCGCGCCACGUAGAGCUCCAGGUGGAUCCACUGGAGGACAAGCCGGAGGGGGAGGGAAUUGCGAAGCAAGCGCCCAAGCCCCUCGCCGUGGUAGUCAGGUACUGCGAGGAAUUUCUCGAUAAUCAGCACAAGUGGCACGGAGAGGUGGCCAUGAAGUGGCGCUCUGAGCGUUUACAAGGGAAGCCUUGCUACCCUCAUGUGGGCUCCAUGUUAGCGGCGGGGAGGCUAAGGAUGUACGAAGCUUUGGUGGGCGCCACUUUGCUGGCAGCGACGGGGCCUGCCAUUUUGGUCAUCGCCCUCUACUCGGGAAUAGGGCUCAGCAGUUAUGUUUGCAGCUGGGUGGUGGAGCUAUCUGCAACCUACUUCCCUGCUGUUACGAAAUGCCUGAUCAUCGCUGCCUGGGUUCUUUGCUUUCUCUUUGAUGUGGUCAAGGCGCCGUCGGGCGUUUUUUUGGGUACCUCCGCGGGAGUCUUCGGCCUCACGGUCUUGGGGCUCACGAUGAUGUGCUUCGAAUUCCCCUUGGCCGCGCCCUACGUCGCCAUGCAGAGCAGCUUUCUCAUCGGCUGCUACAUGCGCACCCACCUUUUCACCGCGGUCCCCUCCAAGGACUUCUUCACCGCGAGCGCGCUGAGCUAUAGCAUCUGCGGCGUGUGCGCGCUGACCCUGUGGCUGGGCUGGCGGAUCUCCAUGGUGAACCGCUUUCAGGAGGGCACGGAAGCAGCCAUUAUGGACAUCAACGAAGCCGUGGUGAAGCACGCCGCGUCCGAGUUUGGCCUCAACUCGUCUUUCACUUUUAGCUCCUGCAGGGAGUCCUCUCCUACCGACCUGCCCGAUGCGCAGAUCGCUGGGGCAUGUGCCAAGUUGUUCAACGUGCUACGACUGCAGAUAUAUUCGCCCGUGAUGGUGCCGCUGACUUAUGGCAUGGUGGCCGUGUGCUGCGUCUUCAUGCUCAAUGCGGACACCAUGAAAGCGUCCAAGGUGCGCGAGGGCUCCCUGUCUGCGGCGGAAGUGCAGGCAGCACGCGGGCUUCAGGGCAUUCUGCGGCGCAUGUUCCUGGUCUUGGCCGUGGCGGCCGCGCUGGCCUACGGAAUGAGCUACUUCUCGAGCCACGGGUCGCAUGUCACGCGCAUGAUGUUCACUUACGCCCUUGGGUGUGGCCUCACGAUUUGUGGCAUUGUCCUGUUGGAGACGGACAAGGCGUUGGUGCAGCGACUGCUUUUACAGACUCGGCUGGGCAAGAUGCUGCGCAUGGUGAUCGCCAACGACUGGGUGAGGGCCUUCGCCUGUGGCCUCUUCAACGGCGUGGCGCCGGCGUUUUUCCUGCUGGAUGCCCUCCGGCAGCUGGUGAGAGUCAAGUUCCGGAAAGAUCUCCCGGAGGGAUAUGACCGUGAAGACCGAUUUACGCCCGCGGGGCGGUCUCUCGCGAAUUGGUUGAAGCAAUGGAACUGGACCGGGAUCCUACGGAAGCUCGAUCUCUUCUGCUUCCUCUGGCAACUCCUCUUCAUAGGAGCCAAGGCCACCUAUGUGUCCCUCUCUUGGCUGAACUACUGGCUCAUUGAUGCUGAUUUGAAGCUGCCGGCCUUGACGGGUAUGGUCUUCCUGGUGGGUCUGGCCAUGUUCAUGCUGCCCAUCGUUCCAGGGACUGCGGUGUACCUGUUUUCGGGCGUCGUCCUGGGGUUUCAGACCACGGUCAAAGGGCAUGGCUUGGCACUGGGCAUUGGCCUGGCGGUAGCAGUGAGCUCGGUGGCCAAGCACCUGGCCUGCGUAGGCCAGUACCUCAUCGGAUACUUCGCUGGGAAAUCCGUGCGCGUUCAGCGCUUCGUGGCCGUGGACAAAGUCCCCACGCGUGCCAUGGAAAUGAUCCUCAGCCGACGCGGCCUUUCCCUCGGGAAGGUCUGCAUUUUGGUGGCUGGGCCGGACUUCCCCACCAGCGUGGUUUGCGGCAUUUUGAAGCUGAAUAUCCCGCAGAUGCUGCUGGGAACCUCGCCAGUGAUCCUUAUAAGCAUCAUCCCGCAGGUAGCGGUCGGAGCGCUACUCGCUCUGCCCAACGACGCGGAGUUCUCUGGCGCGGUGACCUUCGUGGCAGCGGUACUACAGGUGGGCGCCAGCGUCUACGUCUCCUACAGCCUGCUGAAGACGGCGGAGGAGAACUUCGCCGAGCUCUGCAAGGUGCGGGAGGAGCACCAGCACGUGGCCGAGCUCACGCAGCAGGAGGAGUCCUAUACCCGGCGAUACCUGGAGACUUGCUGCUGGAGCAAGCUGCCUCUGUAUUUGAGAAUCUGUAUUCUGCUUACUUCUUUUGGUUGCUUCCUUGUCUCCAUCAUCUUGGCCGUCGAUUUCCUGGCUUUGGCGCGCAGCUUCCGCAGCUUUUCCAUGACCGAUCGCAUCGAGGCGCCAGUGGAACACGGGGGCUUAGACGGGAACGUUCUCAAUGUGAUCGUGCAGCCCUGGGGCUAUGCGACCCUGGCCCUGGCCUUUGCGGCUGCAUUGCUCCAUGUGCUGGCUGGCUGCUUGUUGCAUCGCGCAACCCGUCGAAGCCUCGAUCUCCGAGUGGGCUCCAUAGACUUCGAAGAAGUGAGCCGCUCUGAGGGCCUUGCCAAGCAAGCGCCCAAGCAAGUUUCUGUGGUGGUGAGGUACCAGGAGUGA